AUGCAUGUAUGCCAUAAUUAUGGAGGUACGUGGGUGUACACGGAGAGGACAGGGCUAACUGAAGAUGGCUUCCCAGUACACUCAAGUAUUUACAAGAACCUUAUCACCAACCUACCUACGGAUGCGAUGGAAUUCCCUGACUUUCCCUUCCCUUCGGAUUCGAAGAAAUUUAUACGUUGGAAAGAGGUUCAAGACUACAUUUUUGCCUACGCCGACCACUUCAACCUUCGAAAAGACAUCCAACUAAAUACAGAUGUAACGUCUGUAAAACGCAUCACCACAAAGCCUGUCUCAUCAGGAGAUGCCCACCAAUCUCCCAACAGACCACAGUGGUUGGUGCGCACGACUGCCCUUCAGGGAGGAGGCAGCAAGGAGAAGGUGUUUGAUGCUGUGCUAGUCUGCUCUGGACACUAUAGUGUCCCUCACUAUCCAGACAUUCCUGGUCAGGAGAGCUUCAGCGGGGUACAGCUACACAGCCACGAUUACCGCCAUCCAGAACUCUAUACAGGCAAGCGAGUACUCCUGAUGGGAGCACUUGUGUCUGCAUUUGAUAUCAUGAAACAUCUCUACCCUCACGCAUCCGAGGUGAUCAUAUCACUCAGCGAACUAGACGGUCUAGGCCUGGGUGAGCAGUACAAGAAAGGGCUGCUACCACACAACGUGAGAACAACGACAUUCCCGCAGGCGAUCAACGGUAGCGUGGUGACGUUCACCGACGGUGAGACGUUCCAACCAGACGUGAUUAUUUUCUGCACCGGCUACAAGUAUUCGGUCUAA